ACUUUGACCUUUAAUCUUUGCUGACCCCCAGUGUGGCAGGUUCGCCAUUUUGUGGCUUGUGCAGUUUGUUCCUUUGUACCGCCCUCUCUCCAGUAGGACGCGAUUUUAACGAUACUUCGAGACAACACGGUCGAGAUGGCUGAUCCCAGCUGUGAAAGUUCUACUGAAGAUCUGUGACACAGACAUCCUGGGAACGAGACAAGCAGCAUGGAGGAACAGACAACAGACAUGGGCUGGCAGCAGGACAGGGUAGAACAAGCUUCAUGCGAAGAAACGUUUCAUGUGAGGGUUGAGAAUACAUCAUUCCCACAUGUAGAGGAUCAGGAUGAACCCCUACUUCAGGACAAGACAACUGACACGGGCUGGGAGCAGGACGGGGAAGAACAAACUUCAUGCAAAGAAACCUUUCAUGUGAAGGUUGACAACACCGAUUUGCAAAAACACGCAGGCAAGAAACCGUUUAUGUGUGAUCACUGUGACUAUUCUGCAACACAAAAAUCCAAUUUGGACCGUCAUCUGGUAAAACACACAGGCGAGAAACCGUUUAUGUGCGAUCAUUGUGACUAUUCUGCAACACAAAAAUCCAAUUUGGACCGUCAUCUGCUAAAGCACACAGGCAGAAAAUCAUACAUGUGUAAUCACUGUGACUAUUCUACAUCGAGUAAAUUACAGUUGGACCGCCAUGUACGUAAACAUACCGGGGAAAAACCUUACAAGUGUGAUCAAUGUGACUAUUCUGCAGCCCUAAAAAAAACUUUAAAUCAACACCUCGCAAAACACACUGGCGAGAAACCCUACAUGUGUGGGGAGUGUGGGUACAGGGCAGCUAAGAAGUCUCAUUUAUCCCAACACAUGAAAACACACACAGGGCAAAAACCCUACAAGUGUGACCAGUGUGACUAUUCUGCAGCACAGAAAAUCAGUUUAGACUUUCAUAUAGCAUCAAGGCACAGUGGUGCAAAUCCUCACAUGUGUGGGAAAUGUGGGUACAGCACGCAUCUAAAAUCCAACCUAAAUAACCAUAUGAGAACUCACAUGGGAGUUAAACCCUACAAGUGUGACCAGUGCGACUUUUCCUCAGCACACAAAUGUAGUUUGGACAAACAUCUAGCAACACACACCGGCGAGAAGCCCUACAUGUGUGAGGAGUGUGGAUACAGGGCAGCUCAAAAGUCUCAGCUUUCCCGACAUAUGGUAGUCCACACAGGACAAAAACCUCACAAGUGUGAUCAGUGUGACUUUUCUGCUGCUGAGAAAUUCAUGUUGGACCAACACCUAAUGAAGCAUACUGGCGAGAAGCCCUACAUGUGUGGGGAGUGUGGGUACAGGGCAGCUCGGAAGUAUCAUUUAUCCAGACACAUGAGAACACACACAGGGCAAAAACCCUACAAGUGUGAUCAGUGUGACUAUUCUGCAGCACAGAAGUGCCAUUUGGACCAACACCUGGCCAAACACAUGGGUGAGAAGCCCUACAUGUGUGGAGAGUGUGGGUACAGGACAGCGUGGAAGUCCAACUUAUCCAGACAUAUGGUAGUCCAUACAGGAGAAAAAUCUUACAAGUGUGACCAGUGUGACUAUUCUGCAGCACAGAAAUGCCAUUUGUACCAACAUCUAGCCAAACACGCCGGUGAGAAGCCCUACAUGUGUGGAGAGUGUGAGUACAGGACAGCUCAGCAGUACCGCCUGACCGAACACAUGAGGACCCAUACAAGAGAAAAAACCCUCAAGAACUAAAAGAACAUUUGGCUGAGAGUAUCUAAUACAAACUGUAAUUGUACAAUGUACUGAGGUACAAAAUAUUGAAAUUAUUUUGCAUUCAUACAUGUUUGACUCAUAUGACACAGUAAAUUCCACUGAGAUAGUUAUUUACUGUCAUGUACAUGUCUUUUAGUUGCAAAGUAGGAAAUGGCUUAUAUGUUUAUUUUACUUACUUUAUGAUCGCAUAUUAACACUGAGCAAAAACUGUAUAUAUCAAACAAAUAGAUUUUACUUUCUUAGUGUCUAGAACAUAAAAAAAUGUAACCAUUGACAUUACUAACAUUCUUAUGUACCUCUGUGUACUUAAUCUUUUACAAAUAAAAGGCUCCAUUAUA